AUGUUCUUGCCGUAUCCGUCGCCGACGCCUGCCACACCCGACUCCGAAUUCAUCCCAGUCACACCUGCCAAUCCGCUGCCCGUACAAGAUCCGCUGAACGGGCCAUGGCUCGUGCCGGACUUCACCGAGGCGUGGAAUGCAGCGUGGGAGAAGGCGCAGGCGUUCAUCGCGAACCUGACGUUGGAGGAGAAGGUAAACGUGACGACGGGAGUGGGGUGGAUGAAAGGGCGAUGCGUUGGCCAUAUACCCCCGGUCGGGUCCUUCCCCGGUCUAUGCCUCGAAGACUCCCCGCUCGGCGUACGCUUCGCGGACUACGUGACCGCGUUCCCAUCGGGCCUUAAUACCGCCGCGACGUGGAACCGAACGCUCAUGCGUCUCCGCGGAUCCGCAAUGGGCUCUGAGUUCCGGGCGAAGGGGGUGCAUGCGGCUUUGGGUCCAAUGAUGAACAUCAUGCGUGUCCCGCAAGGCGGGCGGGUGUGGGAGGGCUUCGGCGCGGACCCGUUCCUCGCGGGUGAAGCUGCGUACGAGACGAUCUUGGGAAUGCAGAGUGUUGGUGUACAGGCUGUCGCGAAGCACUAUAUCAACAACGAGCAAGAGCACGCGAGAACGAUGAGCAGUUCGAACGUCGACGACCGGACGGAGCAUGAGAUUUACGUGCAUCCCUUCUUGAGGAGCGUGAUGGCCGGCGUUGCGAGUGUCAUGUGCAGCUACAAUCUCAUCAAUGGGACGUACGCUUGCAGCAACGACAAAACGCUCAAUGGCAUCCUCAAGGAUGAGCUUGGAUUCCGCGGCUACGUCCAGAGCGACUGGCAGGCUACACACGCAACCCUUGACUCCAUGAUGGGAUUGGACAUGACCAUGCCUGGCGACGUCACGUUCGGAUCCGGAGACAGUUUCUUCGGCGGCAACAUGACCGCGUACGUUCAGAACGGGACGAUCCCAGAAGCGAAAGUCGACGACAUGGCCACUCGCAUACUCGCGGCAUGGUACCUCCUUGAACAAGACGAGGGAUAUCCUGACGUCAAUUUUAAUGCCUGGAACCUCCAAGAUCCGCUGACCAAUGAACACGUCAACGCGCAGGAGGACCACAUGGACGUUGUACGUGCCAUCGGGGCAGCGAGCACGGUCCUGCUCAAGAACGCGAACGAGACGUUGCCGUUGAAGAAACCUCGGAGCGUCGCGGUCAUCGGCUCUGACGCAGGACCGCAGCGGAACGGCCCGAACGAAUUUGCGGAUCGUGGUGGUGUAGAUGGCGUGUUGGCCAUGGGUUGGGGCUCUGGUACAUGCGAGUUCCCGUAUCUCGUGUCGCCGUUGGAGUCACUCCAAGCCCGCGCCCGUCAUGACCGUGCUAUAUUCACCUGGUUCUUGAACGAUUACGACCUGGUGGGCGCUGCGACGGCUGCUAUAGGUCGCGAUGUCGCCCUUGUGUUUAUAAAUGCUGAUAGUGGGGAGGACUAUAUCACCGUUGACGGCAACGAGGGAGAUCGGUUCAACCUUACAGCCUGGCACAACGGCGACGAGCUGAUCCUUGCCGUCGCCGCACAGAACAACAAUACCGUGGUCGUCGCACACAGCGUAGGACCGCUGAUUGUCGAGCCGUGGAUCGAUCAUCCGAACGUGACGGCUUUAAUAUGGGCUGGCAUCCCCGGCCAGGAAGCUGGCAACAGUCUCGUCGACGUCCUGUACGGCGACGUCAACCCGUCCGGCAGGCUACCGUAUACCAUCGCCAAGAACGCGUCCGACUAUCCCGCCUCGCUCGUCCUCGGUGGCGGUUCGGAGGACAUCCUCAGCAUUACAUAUAACGAAGGUCUUCUGGUAGACUACCGCGCGUUCGACGCCUUAGGACGAACACCGCGAUUCGAGUUCGGCUUCGGCUUGAGCUACACGCAAUUUGAGUACGAUAACCUAACCAUCUUCAAGAUUGAGGACGAGGAUGUGCCGGAGUUGCACGGGCUCGAGGAAUCCUGGGAGGGAGACAAGCCGUCUCCGAGCGGUUAUGGGUCUUCGGUGUCCCUAUGGCUCCAUCGCCCAGCGUACAGCGUCAACUUCGACGUCCGUAAUGUCGGCGAGAGGUUCGGUGGCGAAAUCCCACAGGUCUACUUGCACUUCCCGUCGGACAGUGGCGAGCCGCCGGCCGUGCUGAAGGGUUUUACCGAUGUGGUGCUUCGUCCAGGCGAGAGCAAACGCGUCACCGUGAACCUCUCUCGGUACGACCUGUCUGUGUGGGACGUCCCCAUGCAGGCAUGGCAGCGCCCGAAGGGCGACAUCGGGGUGACGGUUGGCGCAAGCAGCCGGGACGGGCGGCUGACCGGCGUUAUCGAGGCAGACGACGACUGA